AUGGUCGACAAAGAUAUUGCUCAUUUCAUUAGCUUGCUUUUAACUGAUAACCUUAACAAUAUUUUAUGUGAUAUUAUAAAACUAUCAAGCCUCACAGACUCUAUUAAUUUAGCAGCAAGCAAUGCAAUUUGCAUUUUAAAUCGAGCUAAUUUUAUUUUUAAAAAUUUAGAUUUCAGCAAAAUUAAAAUUCCUCACACAGAUUUAUCUGGAAGUAUAUUUAUUAAGACCAAUUUUGAAGGAAGUAAUCUUAAAGGAGUAAACUUUAGUGAGUCCAAAUUUUAUUUUUGUAAAUUCAAUCACUGUGACUUAACAAAUGCAAUAUUCAGUAGUUCUGCUGAUCUAUAUAAACAAAAAAGUUCUCCAAAUAAUAUAAAUAUAUCAAAAGAUGAAAAAUUUUUACUCACAUGUAGUAAUGAUAGAAGAAUCAGAAUCUGAGCGCUAACUCCUUCGAUUUGAGAGUAAGAAAAAUAUUGAAAUUUUGAUUUUUUGAAAAAAUUAGCUCUCUUUGAGAGUGAGCAAAAAAUAUUGUUAAUAUAAUAAUAAUAAUAAUAAUAAUUGUUGUUAUAAUAAGAUUCAAGCUAAUUUCAUUUAAUUUAGUCAAAACUUAAAUUUUAUAAAUAUGUUGAUUUUUCUUUUAACCUUAAAAGUGCUAAUAUAAUUUUUAAAAAAAAUUUUACCCCUUUGAUGAUAAAUAAAUGUUGCUUGCAGCUAAAGGGGAGUAAGAAAGAAUGUUAUACUUCCAGAGAUUGGCAAUUAUAAGCAUAAUGUUGAUUGAGCAGAGCUUUCUCCAUGUGGAAAUUAUAUUGCCAUUUUAAGUAAGGAAAAAGGCUUAGAAUUAUGAGAUAUAAAAUCAAAAAAAUUAAUUUUUAGGUGAAAUUAUGUGCAUGGGGUGAGAUAUUUUAUGUUUUCACCAUAUGGGAGGUAUAUUGCUUGCAAUGGAAAUAAUUUUAUACAAGUAUAUGAUUUAAAAGAUCAAAGUAAAUGCAAAAGAAUUAAAUGUAUUUCAGACUGCAAUAUCGCUUUUAGCCAAUCUGGAAAAAUACUACUCUAUUGAUCUGGGCAAAGGGUGCAUGAAACUGCAUUAAGUGAAGAAAAAAUUGUUGAAAACGAGAAAUUAAGCUUUAGAACAGACUGGUCAGUACAAGCUAUUGCUUUUUCUCCUAAUGAUAAAUAUUUAGCCCUGAAUGGGUGUAGCAAGCGUAACAACUCAAUUAUUUCCCUAUUAAAUUUUCAAACUAAAGAAUUCAAUUUUUGGUUAGAUUGCAAAGAAAUUGGCUGGGUCCAUUCACUAUCUUGAUCCCCAGGCAAAAAUUUGUUAGUUUCAGCGCACUCCAAAGGCACAAUCUGCUUAUGAGACAUUAACAAUCAAAAAGAAUUAGCUUUGAUUAGAAGCAUUUGAAGGGGCCCAGCAAAAUGCAAAUUUUCGCCAUCUGGAAAAUAUAUAGCAUUUGCUGAAGAAAAAAGAAUUAUAAAACUAUGAAGCAUAGAAAAACAAAAAGUACAAAAAAGCAUUGAGAUGGAUGAAUAUAAAAUCUUAGCCAUUUCUUUUUCUUCAUGUGAAAAAUUCAUUUAUCAAGUUACUGAAAAUUACAGGAUAGACAGAUUUGAUCUUAAAAACCAAAAAUGGGAUAAUAUUUCAAAUAAGUGUGAAGCAGUUAGGUAUGCCUCAUUUUCUGAAUGUCGAAAAUUUAUUGCUGUAGGUCCUGAAGGUACACUUCGUAGCCAUACAAUAGACAUAUGAGACCUUGACACCAAAAUAUUGUAUGCAAAAUUGGCUUCUAGAUCCCCAGCAUCACAACUUAAAUUUUCGUUUUGUGGUAAAUUUCUGAUUUCAGGACAUUCUGAUUUCGGAAUUUUAUGAGACCUGGAAAUAAAAGAGGCAAUUCAUAAACUAAAGUCUCGUACAUACAAUGUUGCUUGAUCGCCAAAUGGAGAAUACUUUGCAACGUCUGACUGAAAUAUUUCCAUAUUGAAAUUUGAUCAGCAAGACAUUAGAGCUGUUAGCCUUUUGAAUCAAUGACCAAGAUCACUGAGAUUUUCAGAAUGCAACAAAUUUUUAUACUCUGGAGAUAAAGAUGGAAGUGUGAUAAUAUGGGAUUUUCUGAAAAACCAAAAAAUAAAAAUUUUGGAAGGUUUGUAUGAAAAUGCUAAUCAUAUGGUGGCUUGCCCAAAUGCAGGGCUCUUACUCCUCUUUAGUAUAGAUACAUUUUCCAUAAACAUUUAAAUUGGACAAAAAUUUUUUAUAAUAAGAAAACUAGUCUAGCAUAAUUCAAUGGGAAAAUGCGAGUAGAAAUAUCAUUCCAACAGUUUUUACACUGAGUCGAUAAAUUUUUAAUUAUUUAUUUUCAUAAAAAUAAUAAAUUAAAUUCCUAGCAUUGAGCCCAAUUUAUAUUUUUAUUUUUAAAGCCUUUUAAAUUAGAAAGGAUUGUUUGUCCUAAUUUGAAGAUGGGAGUUAGCUGUUGGAGGUGAGGAAAAGAUAAUUGUGAUAUGAAAUAUAGAAACUGGAGAAAAAAUUAUGCAAUUUAAUACAAAUUUAUCUCAGUUGAAUGGAUUAAGCAUAACAAGAUCUGGAAAAUAUAUUAUUACAGGGAGCAUACACAAAUAUGUAAACUGUUGGAAGUUAAAACAAGCUUAA